GGCCUGCCCCUGCCCCAAGCGGUUUCGGGGCCAUGUCUCGCUCGACGCUGCAGCCCAGCCAGCAGAAGCUGGCGGAGAAGCUGACCAUCCUGCACGACCGGGGCAUCGGCAUGCUCACACGCCUCUACAACAUCAAGAAGCAAGGACAAGUCUGGAAGGCAUGUGGAGACCCCAAAGCGAAACCAUCCUAUCUCAUCGACAAAAACCUGGAAUCUGCUGUGAAAUUCAUAGUCCGAAAAUUUCCAGCGGUAGAGACGCGCAACAACAAUCAACAGCUUGCUCAGCUGCAGAAAGAAAAAUCAGAGAUUCUGAAGAAUCUGGCUCUAUAUUACUUCACUUUUGUAGAUGUUAUGGAAUUUAAGGACCAUGUCUGUGAACUACUGAAUACAAUCGAUGUCUGCCAGGUCUUCUUUGAUAUUACAGUGAACUUUGACUUAACCAAGAACUACCUAGAUUUGAUAAUCACAUACACAACACUAAUGAUCCUGCUGUCCCGGAUCGAAGAGAGGAAGGCAAUCAUUGGACUGUACAAUUAUGCUCACGAAAUGACCCACGGCUCCAGCGAUCGGGAAUAUCCUCGUCUUGGCCAGAUGAUCGUGGAUUACGAGAAUCCGUUGAAGAAGAUGAUGGAAGAAUUCGUACCCCACAGCAAGUCCCUUUCGGAUGCUUUAAUCUCACUCCAGAUGGUGUAUCCUCGAAGGAAUCUCUCAGCUGACCAGUGGAGAAAUGCACAAUUACUGAGCCUCAUCAGUGCACCCAGCACAAUGCUUAAUCCCGCACAAUCUGACACGAUGCCGUGUGAAUACCUUUCUUUGGAUGCAAUGGAAAAAUGGAUUAUUUUCGGAUUUAUCUUGUGCCAUGGAAACUUGAAUACGGAUACCACAGCUCUGAACCUUUGGAAGCUAGCUCUUCAGAGCAGCUCUUGCCUGUCCCUGUUUCGGGAUGAAGUUUUCCAUAUUCACAAAGCGGCAGAAGACCUAUUCGUAAACAUAAGAGGCUACAACAAGCGUAUAAAUGAUAUAAGAGAAUGCAAAGAAGCAGCUGUCUCACACGCGGGCUCGAUGCAUCGGGAAAGACGUAAAUUUUUACGGUCUGCACUGAAGGAGUUAGCCACCGUCUUGUCGGAUCAGCCUGGUUUGUUAGGUCCCAAGGCCCUGUUUGUAUUUAUGGCAUUAUCCUUUGCUCGGGAUGAAAUCAUCUGGCUACUUCGCCACGCAGAUAACAUGCCGAAGAAGAGCGCUGACGACUUCAUAGAUAAGCACAUAGCUGAAUUGAUAUUCUACAUGGAAGAGCUAAGGGCCCAUGUGCGGAAGUAUGGACCAGUGAUGCAGAGAUACUAUGUGCAGUACCUCUCUGGAUUUGAUGCUGUGGUCUUAAAUGAACUUGUGCAGAAUCUCUCAGUGUGCCCUGAAGAUGAAUCAAUCAUCAUGUCCUCCUUUGUAAACACCAUGACCUCCCUAAGUGUAAAACAAGUUGAAGAUGGAGAAGUAUUUGAUUUCCGAGGAAUGAGAUUAGAUUGGUUUAGGUUGCAGGCGUACACCAGUGUCUCUAAGGCCUCUCUUGGCCUUGCCGAUCACAGGGAACUUGGGAAGAUGAUGAACACCAUCAUUUUCCACACAAAAAUGGUCGAUUCCUUGGUGGAGAUGUUGGUGGAAACGUCAGAUCUUUCCAUAUUUUGUUUUUAUAGCCGGGCUUUUGAGAAGAUGUUUCAGCAAUGCUUGGAGCUUCCCUCUCAGUCAAGAUAUUCCAUCGCGUUCCCGCUGCUCUGCACUCAUUUCAUGAGUUGUACUCACGAGCUGUGUCCAGAAGAGCGACAUCAUAUUGGAGAUCGAAGCCUUUCGUUGUGUAACAUGUUCUUGGACGAGAUGGCCAAGCAAGCCCGAAAUCUGAUCACCGAUAUUUGCACGGAGCAGUGCACUCUGAGCGACCAGUUGUUGCCAAAACACUGUGCCAAAACGAUCAGUCAAGCCGUAAACAAAAAGUCCAAAAAACAGACCGGAAAGAAAGGAGAACCCGAAAGGGAGAAACCAGGAGUCGAAAGCAUGAGGAAAAAUAGACUGGUGGUGACCAACCUUGAUAAACUGCACACCGCACUUUCUGAACUCUGUUUCUCGAUCAAUUAUGCCCCAAACAUGGUGGUUUGGGAGCACACUUUUACCCCAAGAGAGUACCUGACUUCUCAUCUGGAAAUCCGCUUCACCAAGUCAAUUGUCGGGAUGACUAUGUAUAAUCAAGCCACACAAGAGAUCGCAAAACCUUCAGAGCUCUUAACUAGCGUCAGAGCCUACAUGACAGUGCUUCAGUCCAUAGAAAACUACGUGCAAAUUGACAUCACAAGAGUGUUUAAUAAUGUUCUCCUUCAGCAAACCCAACAUUUAGACAGUCACGGGGAACCUACCAUCACCAGCCUGUACACCAAUUGGUAUUUGGAGACUUUGCUCAGACAAGUCAGCAAUGGCCAUAUAGCUUACUUCCCUGCAAUGAAGGCCUUUGUGAAUUUGCCAACCGAAAAUGAGUUGACGUUCAAUGCUGAAGAGUAUUCUGACAUAUCAGAAAUGAGAGCCCUGUCAGAAUUGCUGGGUCCUUAUGGAAUGAAAUUUCUGAGCGAAAGCCUUAUGUGGCAUAUUUCAUCCCAGGUUGCUGAACUUAAGAAACUCGUGGUGGAGAACGUGGAUGUGCUGACGCAAAUGAGGACCAGUUUCGACAAGCCGGACCAGAUGGCCGCCCUCUUUAAAAGAUUAUCCUCCGUCGACAGCGUUCUGAAGAGGAUGACGAUAAUCGGCGUAAUCCUGUCUUUCCGCUCCUUGGCACAAGAAGCACUGAGAGAUGUCUUAUCCUACCACAUUCCUUUCCUCGUAAGUUCAAUCGAAGACUUUAAGGAUCACAUUCCAAGGGAGACAGACAUGAAGGUUGCGAUGAACGUGUAUGAGCUGUCAUCAGCUGCUGGAUUGCCUUGUGAGAUCGACCCGGCUUUGGUUGUAGCGCUGUCCUCCCAAAAAUCAGAAAAUAUAAGUCCGGAAGAAGAAUAUAAAAUUGCCUGUCUUCUCAUGGUCUUUGUGGCAGUGUCCUUGCCAACACUGGCUAGUAAUGUCAUGUCUCAGUACAGUCCUGCUAUUGAAGGACAUUGCAACAACAUCCAUUGCCUGGCGAAAGCCAUCAAUCAGAUCGCGGCCGCCCUGUUCACCAUUCACAAGGGGAGCAUCGAGGACCGUCUUAAAGAAUUUCUGGCCCUUGCCUCAUCCAGUCUACUGAAAAUUGGACAGGAGACGGAUAAAACUACUACAAGAAACAGGGAAUCCGUCUAUUUACUACUUGACAUGAUUGUGCAGGAAUCCCCGUUCCUGACCAUGGACCUCCUGGAGUCUUGUUUUCCCUACGUGUUGCUGAGAAACGCCUACCACGCGGUCUACAAGCAAAGCGUUAUAUCUUCUGCAUAAAUACCCACUUCUCGAAGCCAAGUUUCAGCACGUAUUUCUGUUGCCUCGGUUUUACCUGUAAACUGUGGAGCUGUCCUUCUUUCUGGCUGACAAAUGGUUUUGUGGUUUCCGAUUCUUUUUUUCCCCUCAUGCGGUUGUACUUCUGAUCAGUGGUUUCUUAAUAUGGUUGUACUGCAGUAGACGCUUGGUUGAUUUAGGUUGCACAUUCACUGAAAUUACUCAUCUUCAUUUUAGGGCGUCAGGUUGCAAGUCACUUCACACCUACGUGGUCUUUGAUAUUGGAUAAUGCAGAGCCUACUUGCCUGUUUAUUUCAGAGGAGAAACUGUAUUCUAGUGAUUAUUUUAGAUAGUGUCCUAGCUUUCAUCUGUGUGUAAAUUAUUUCAUAUAGGGAGAGUUCUGAUCCGUACCUCUCGCUCUUUGGAUGUGCAUUUCGGUGAAGUAGUGACGUUUCCAUUUUUCUUCAGUUUGAAACAUUUGCCAAACCGAAUUCGCUGCCACUAGGUAACCUUUAAGAUGGAAACGUUAUGAGGCUGCUAAUCGUUAGAAGCAGACGGUGCCCCGGUAUUCUUAAACAGCGACAGAUGGUUGUUGUUUGUAUAAAGUUGAGCGCCUUUUUUUAGACUAACUUCCGUGGUGCCGCGUUGGCAUUAGCACUACCAUCGUACCCCUGCUGUAUAAUAAACAUCCUCACACGUUUACCCGCUGUUGAUACGACGUUAGCCCUUAACCACUUUUUAUAUGUUUUAAAUUUUGGAAAUUCGAGUGUACCUUCCAUAGCAUACAAUAAACACUAGACUCUACCA